UUAGCGGAGACUGCAUUCACAGUAAAUUAUGCAUAAUGUUGCCUCAAUUGGAAAUUACGUUUACAUUUCUUUUACGGAAUCUGUAACACUUCAGCUUUACAGAUUGAAAAGAGCCCUUAAUGUGGUUUCAUUGUCUUCGUCUAAGGCAAUCAUGAAUUUGACUUCGGCGUGGACCUCUUGGAAGAACAUACUAAAAUGAUGCCCUUCCCAUGGUUCCUUAGCAAUGUGUAUGACAGGUUCACUAGUGAAACGCUGGUCCAUGGCGUGGUCAGCAGCAUCCUGGAGUGGAACGGCCUGAAGAUCGCUUUCAUGGGCCUGGUAGAGGAGGACUGGCUGGAUACCCUGGGCACUGUGGACAAGAACAACAUCAAGUAUAUAGACUACGUGGAGACAGCAGAUCGGCUGUCUGCUGAGCUGAGGGACAAAGGGGUAGACCUGGGCAUCGCACUCACACACACGAGGUGGCAUAAUGACGUCAGGCUAGCAUCCGAGUCUAACGGUGUGGAUCUCAUUCUGGGAGGACAUGGCCAUGAGUACGGGGUUCUGGAGGUCAAUGGGAUUCUGAUUGUGAAGAGUGGCUCAGAGUUCAGGUACCUUUCCAAGAGUGAUGGUGUGAAGGACCAGGAUGGGACUUUCAAGUACAGCUGUGAAAAGAUAGCCACAAUGAAAGACCUUGAGGAAGAUGCAGAAAUCCAGCAGAGUGUGAAAGGAUACACUGAUAAUAUGCAGCACAUGUUUGGAAAGGUCCUGUGCCACAUAGAAGUGGCCUUGGAUGGACACUACGCAGUGCAGCCUGGGUAAUCUGAUCAUCUAUGCCAUGCUGGAGGCCACUCGUGCUGAGGUUGCUUUUUUAAACUCAGGUACUCUGCGUUUUGACCUCUUGCACCCGGUGGGCCCCCUGACCAUGCAUGACCUGCUGCAGAUCCUGCACAUAAAUGACCUAGUGCUGGUGGUGGAGGCCACAGGGCAGCAGCUCUUUGAGGGCCUGGAGAACGGAGUCCGCAACUACCCUGCUCUGGAUGGAAGAUUUCCCCAGGUUUCUGGGAUCCAGUUUGGCUUUGAUCCCAAUGGAAAACCUGGCCACAGAGUCAUCGCUGAGACUGUGAAGGUUUAAGGCAAGUCUGGAUAGACACAGAAAGUAUGUGGGGCCAUGAAAUAAUUUUUAACGAAGGUAUAGUAUAUUCUUCAGCUUCACUCAGCCACAGCCACUGGAAUAGCAGUGUACCCAUUCCCUACGCUAGCCGGCUAAUAAAAAUGGAGAGAAAAAUGAAGUAGUCUAUUAGUUAGCAGUGGAAGAUGCAGUAGUUUUAAGUGGACAGGUAAAAUUGUCUCCUCACAGCAGUUUAGCAAGCAGCCAUUUGGCUUCAGGGCAAUGGAUACAUUGACAAUAGUCUCCUUUAUAUCCUCUCCUGUUUUGUCCUCAGGGCAAAGAUGACUACACCAUGUUCAGUGGCGGUCCUCAUAGGCACAUAGGCCCGUUUUAUGAAUUUAUGUCACUCUGUCUCAGAACAUGCUUGGAGAGGUCCUGUGCCACAUAGACGUGGCCUUGGAUGGACGCUACGCUGCCGCGAAACGAGCAGAGUGCAGCCUGGGUAAUCUGGUCAUCUAUGCCAUGCUGGAGGCCACUCGUGCUGAGAGCAGACUUCUUGAAUGCAGAAAGAGUUUGUCACCCUGGUUAGAAACAAGCUAUCAAUCUACAGAUGUAGGAUCUUCAUUUGAUCACUCUUUUGUUACUGCACGGCAGGAAAUCAGAUCCUGUCAACUGUCGUUAUCAACCACUUUGAGUCUGGCCAGAUAGUCAGAUGCACGAAGAGGCACAAGUCUGGUCACAUGAUGGGCCUUAUCAAGGUGUCCAGCAGCCCCUCUGUGUCUGUCAUUGAGAGAUCCAAGAGGGAGAAUCUGGAGGGAGAGGUGGGAGUGGCUGUGGUGCCCGGAGUGGAGGGCAGGAUAUUCCAUGUCCACCCUGAGGGCCGUUCAGAAACAGAAAGCUAACGGUUGGCAGGGCUGUUCCUCGUCUGAGAAUUCCACAGAGCAACUAAGCCAGGACUCCAUAGUCACCGUGGGAGCCAGGGGACAUUACAUUACAAGUCUUUUGCAUCUCUCAUCCACUGCUUGCUUUUUUUAUCAGCCUCAUAAACAAGGCGGAUUGUCAAUAAACACUUGGACAGAAACAUGAGAUUAAAGUAAUUAAUUGUAUUACCUCCAGGAACAUUGUGCAAUUCAUUGACAUUGCACUCAAAAUUACUCAAUAAAUGUGAAUAUCGAAAACUAGUAUAUUACCAAAAAUGUAUUUAUUUUGAAUGAUAAGCAGAGGGGUCUACAUUUGUGACAUAGACGGUGUUGGUGUAUCAGUAUUUGAAUGGAGGAGAUAAGCAGAAGGGUCUACAUGUGUCCAUGAUAACAUUACAGUAAUAAAGUCAGUAUACUGAACUCCAUGUUUUUUUUUGCUGGGUUUUAUUUGAUUCAAAAGAGUGAAAAGACCCAAGUCACAGAGUCCCUAAAUAUAAAGAGUAUGACCAAAACGUCACCAACCAGAAUAGGCCAUAUAAUAGUCCGAAUGAACAUCCAUUUCAGCAGUGUUCUUUCAACAGUAGAAGCAGGCAAUCACUGAUUUUGCACCCAACACUAUGUGUGAUGUCGUCAAGAUAAUCUGCCAUAAAGAACAUUGGCCUUGCACAUUGACUGAGACUCUCAUUAAAAAGGAAAACAUCCAGUCGGGUUGUUUCAACACAAAAACAAAGUGGUGCAUUUCUUCAAGUCAUUUCCUUUUCACUGUAAGGAAUUGUACAAAUCAAUUGUACAAUACUCGUGUUACCCAAUACUCUAAUAGCACAACUGCUGAUUUCAAGAAAUGGUAUUGUGAAUACUUUGAAUUGCAAAGACUACAUACACAAGGAGUGCUCUGAUGCCAGAAUGAAACAGAAAUUACACAAUGACCACGAGAGGCACUUAAAGCUGAAGAAAAUGAAUUGGAUCUACAAUUCACUUCAAAGACGCACUGCUGAGAAACCCAUAUUUUUAAAUGAGCAGUAGAGGAAAAGCCAAAAAAUGAAAUGAAAAUAA